AUGCGCGGUUUGCCUGGAAAAAUAGGGGAGAGAGGAAAUGCAGGCCUCCCAGGAAUACCAGGACAGGCAGGUCUUAGAGGAACUCCGGGAAAUGUAAGUUGUUUUUACACUCUAAUAAAGAAGGGUGUGACAGAGUAA